UUAAGUCAUUAGUUUAUGUUUGAUGUUAAGGGUGAACUCAAACCAGAUGAAGCAGUCAAGGCCCUGACAAUAUUUGAGGGAAAAUUCAAUCGACUGAAGGAGGAGAGAGAAAAUGUUGCAAAAGCCAAGGAGGCCCUGGAACUCUCAGAACCAGGCCAACUUAGUGCCAGUGAGGAGAGAAUGCAGGUGGCUCAUGAAGAGUUACAGGACCUGAAGGGAGUAUGGGCUGAGCUGUCCAAAAUCUGGGAACAAAUUGAUGAACUCAAAGAGAAACCUUGGCUCUCUGUACAACCCAGAAAGAUAAGACAGUCGUUGGAUGGAUUACUCAACCAACUUAAGGAGCUGCCAUCCAGACUAAGAACAUAUGCUUCAUAUGACUAUGUGAAAAGAACCCUACAGGGGUAUGCUAAGGUGAAUGUUCUGAUUGUGGAGCUGAAAUCAGAGGCCCUGAAAGAGAGACACUGGAAACAGCUAACAAAGAAGCUCAAUGUACGCUGGGUGUUGUCUGACCUUACCCUCGGUCAUGUAUGGGAUAUUGACCUCAUUAGACAUGAACACAUUGUCAGAGACAUUAUUCUUAUCGCUCAAGGAGAAAUGGCUCUGGAAGAAUUCUUGAAACAGGUCAGUGAGGUCUGGAGAAGCUACGAGCUGGAGCUGAUUAAUUACCAGAACAAGUGUCGACUAAUCCGAGGCUGGGACGAUCUCUUCACCAAAGUCAAGGAACACAUCAACAGUGUGUCAGCCAUGAAGUUGUCACCAUACUACAAGCAAUUUGAGGAAGAUGCUUUAGCCUGGGAAGACAAAUUGAACAGGAUCAAUGCCUUGUUUGAUGUUUGGAUUGAUGUCCAGAGAAGAUGGGUGUACCUGGAGGGUAUAUUUACUGGCAGUGCUGAUAUCAAGGCUCUGCUUCCAGUGGAAACUUCACGAUUCCAGGGAGUAAGCACUGAGUUUCUGGCUCUGAUGAAGAAGGUGACACGCUCCCCGUUAGUAAUGGAUGUAGUGAACAUCCCUAAUGUUCAGAAACAGCUGGAGCGACUCUCAGAUCUCCUGGGCAAAAUCCAGAAAGCACUCGGAGAGUAUUUGGAGAGAGAAAGAGCUUCAUUCCCAAGAUUCUACUUUGUUGGAGAUGAAGAUUUGCUGGAGAUCAUUGGUAACAGUAAAAAUGUUGCUCGUCUACAGAAACACUUCAAGAAGAUGUUUGCUGGUGUGGCCACCAUCACGUUAAACGAAGACAACUCCCAGGUCACAGGGCUCCUAUCAAAGGAAGGAGAAGAGGUUGUGUUUGCCACUCCUGUUUCUAUUGCUGCCAAUCCUAAGAUAAAUGAAUGGUUGACCUUGACAGAGAAGGAGAUGAGGGUGACCUUGGCCAAGCUGCUACAGGCUGCUGUCAAGGACGUUGCUAAGUUUAAGUCUGGUCAGAUUGACCCCAAUCAGUAUCUAGAGUGGAUAGAUAAGUAUCAGGCCCAGCUGGUGGUGCUGGCCUCCCAGGUGUCCUGGUCUGAGAGUGUCCAGUCAGCCCUGUCCAAUAUCGCCGGCUCUAAGAACCCCGCGGACCUGACCGCCCUGACGGACGUCCUACAGGUAGUAGACAACACACUGAAUGUACUGGCCGACUCCGUCCUACUGAAUCAACCCCCAGUCAGGAGGAAGAAAAUGGAGCAUUUGAUUACAGAAUUAGUACAUCAGAGAGAUGUGACAAGAACAUUAGUGAAGAACAAAGUGAACAGUCCUAAGUGUUUUGACUGGCUGUGUCAGAUGAGGUUUUACUUCGAUCCCAAGAACCCGGAUGUUUUACAGCAGCUGUCUAUUCAGAUGGCCAAUGCUAAGUUUAACUAUGGCUUUGAGUACCUGGGUGUACAGGAUAAGCUGGUCCAGACUCCGCUGACAGACCGGUGUUACCUGACCAUGACCCAGGCCCUGGAGGCCAGACUGGGAGGGUCACCAUUUGGUCCUGCUGGUACUGGAAAGACUGAGUCUGUUAAAGCUCUAGGAAAUCAGCUGGGAAGAUUCGUGCUGGUCUUCAACUGUGACGAGAACUUUGACUUCCAGGCUAUGGGUCGCAUCUUUGUGGGUCUGUGUCAGGUAGGAGCUUGGGGAUGCUUUGAUGAGUUUAACAGGUUAGAGGAGAGAAUGUUAUCUGCUGUGUCACAACAAAUUCAGACCAUACAGGAGGCUCUUAAAGAUAUGGUUGGCAAGAAAGAAAAGACCUCCACUGCAGUAGAACUGAUUGGUAAACAGGUCCGAGUAAAUCCAGACAUGGCCGUGUUUAUCACCAUGAACCCUGGAUACGCCGGAAGAUCCAAUCUCCCAGAUAACCUGAAGAAGCUGUUCAGAAGUUUAGCAAUGACCAAACCAGACAGACAACUCAUUGCUCAAGUCAUGUUGUAUUCUCAAGGAUUCAGGAUGGCUGAGAAACUCGCUAAAAAAAUUGUUCCUUUCUUCAAGCUUUGUGAUGAGCAGUUGUCUCCACAAUCUCAUUAUGACUUUGGUUUACGAGCUCUGAAGAGUGUACUUGUAAGUGCAGGCAAUCUGAAGCGGGACAAGAUACAGAAAGUCCGCGAAGGAAUGCUGGAGAGAGGAGAGAAUGUAGACGAAAGGUCUAUUGCUGAAAACCUUCCUGAACAGAAAAUUUUGAUACAGAGUGUUAUGGAGACAGUGGUACCUAAGCUGGUGGCUGAAGAUAUCCCACUCCUGUACAGUUUGCUGUCUGAUGUGUUCCCCGGGGUACAGUACGACCCAGCUGAAAUGACUGCCCUCAGACAGGAGAUCAAAAAAGUGUGUCAGGAGAGGUACCUCACAUACGGAGAACAGGACGAACAAGGAUCACAGUGGGUGUCAAAGGUACUACAGCUGUAUCAGAUUACAAACCUCCAUCAUGGUCUGAUGAUGGUGGGUCCCAGUGGCAGUGGAAAGUCAAAGGCGUGGCAGGUCUUACUGAAAGCUCUGGAGAGAUUGGAGGGAACCGAGGGCGUUGCUCAUGUUAUUGACCCCAAGUCCAUUUCCAAGGAGGCUCUUUAUGGUACUCUAGAUCCCAACACAAGAGAAUGGUCUGAUGGUCUCUUUACUCAUGUAUUAAGAAAGAUAAUAGAUAAUGUGAGAGGAGAGCUUCAGAAGAGACAGUGGAUUAUCUUUGAUGGUGAUGUUGAUCCUGAAUGGGUAGAAAACUUAAACUCUGUGCUGGACGAAAACAAACUUCUUACCCUCCCCAAUGGAGAACGUCUGGCCAUUCCACCUAACGUGAGGAUCAUGUUUGAGGUGCAGGACCUUAAGUUUGCGACCCUGGCCACGGUCAGUAGGUGUGGUAUGGUGUGGUUCAGUGAAGACGUCCUGUCUCCCGAGAUGAUAUACGAAAAUUACCUCCGAACACUGAAGAAUGUGUCACUGGACGAGGGGGAGGAAGAAUCACCUAAGGUCCUCACAGGAGAGGCAGAGGAAACUCUGUCUGCUACAAUGCAGGUUCAGAGAGACUGUGCUAACAUCUUGGGUCCAUAUUUUAAUUCUGAUGGUGUGGUGAACCGUGCGUUGGAGUAUGCUAUAAGUUUGGAUCACAUUAUGGACUUUACUCGAUUGAGAGCUCUCAGUUCUCUGUUUUCAAUGAUAAACCAAGGAGUCAGAAACAUUAUAGCUUACAAUAACACUCAUGUGGACUUCCCAAUGCAGCAAGACCAGGUGGAGAAAUACAUUACAAAGUACCUGAUCUACUCCAUUUUGUGGUCUAUGUCUGGUGAUGGACGUCUAAAAAGUCGACAAGAACUCGGCGACUUUGUCCGUGGAAUCACAGACAUUCCACUGCCACCCACUACCAAUCAACUCAUCAUUGACUUUGAGGUGUCUAUAUCUGGAGAAUGGAUCCCCUGGCAGUCCAAGGUCCCCGUAGUGGAGGUGGAGACCCACAAGGUAGCCGCCCCAGACGUGGUCAUCCCCACCAUCGACACGGUCAGACACGAGGCCUUGCUAUACACCUGGCUGGCAGAACACAAACCCCUCGUACUGUGUGGUCCCCCGGGGUCAGGAAAAACCAUGACACUCUUCAGUGCUCUCAGAUCCUUACCAGAUAUGGAGGUGGUUGGUCUGAACUUUUCCAGUGCCACAACACCAGAACUGCUGCUGAAAACGUUUGACCAGUAUUGUGAGUACAGACGUACUCCCAAUGGGGUGGUGAUGUCCCCCAUACAGAUGAACAAGUGGCUGGUUCUCUUCUGUGACGAGAUAAACCUGCCAAAUAUGGAUAGAUACAACACCCAGCGUGUUAUCUCCUUCCUGAGACAGAUGUUAGAACAUGGAGGAUUUUACAGGACAUCAGACCACACCUGGGUCAAGUUUGAGAGGAUGCAAUUUGUGGGUGCCUGUAACCCUCCCACUGAUCCAGGGAGAAAGCCCCUGUCUCACAGGUUCUUGAGACAUGUCCCAGUAGUGUAUGUGGAUUACCCAGGAAAGAUUUCCCUGACUCAGAUCUAUGGAACUUUCAACAGAGCCAUGCUGAGACUUGUUCCCAGCCUAAAACCAUAUGCAGAGCCUCUAACCAAUGCUAUGGUGGAAUUCUAUCUCAUGUCACAGGAGAAAUUUACCCAGGACAUGCAGCCCCACUACGUGUACAGUCCCAGAGAAAUGACCCGGUGGGUGCGUGGUAUUUGUGAGGCCCUCAGACCCCUGGACAACUUAGAUGUGGACGGCCUUGUCAGAAUUUGGGCCCAUGAAGCCCUGAGGUUGUUCCAAGAUAGGUUGAUUGAAGAUGAGGAAAGAAGAUGGACUGAUGAAAAUGUAGAUGCUGUUGCGUUCAAAAACUUCCCCAACAUUAAUCGUGAAGCAGCCCUAGCCAGACCCAUCCUGUUCAGUAACUGGCUCUCCAAGGACUAUGUGCCAGUGGACAGAGAGAGAUUGAGGGAAUAUGUCAAAGCCAGGCUUAAGGUCUUCUAUGAGGAGGAGUUGGAUGUCCCCUUGGUGUUAUUUGAUGAGGUUCUGGACCACGUGCUGAGGAUUGACAGAAUUUUCAGACAACCUCAGGGGCACGUACUCCUGAUAGGGGUCAGUGGAUCAGGAAAGACAACUCUGUCCAGGUUUGUGGCCUGGAUGAACGGACUGAGUACCUAUCAGAUCAAGGUCCAUAACAAGUACUCCGCAGCAGACUUUGAUGAGGACUUGAGAAAUGUUUUGAGAAGAUCUGGAUGCAAGGAUGAGAAGAUAGCUUUCAUCAUGGAUGAAUCCAAUGUGCUGGACUCUGGAUUCCUGGAGAGAAUGAACACACUGCUGGCCAAUGCUGAGGUGCCAGGUCUGUUUGAGGGAGAUGAGUACACCACUCUGAUGACCCAGUGUAAGGAGGGGGCCCAGAGGGAGGGACUCAUGUUAGACUCGGGAGAGGAGCUCUAUAAAUGGUUCACAGGACAGGUGAUGAAGAACUUACAUGUAGUGUUUACAAUGAACCCCUCAACUGAAGGUCUCAAAGAUAGAGCUUCUACAUCACCAGCCUUGUUCAACAGGUGUGUCUUGAACUGGUUUGGUGACUGGUCCAAUGGAGCCUUGUACCAGGUUGGUCGUGAAUUCACAAACAAGAUAGACCUAGAGAAAGGAAACUACAUGGCUCCGGAAAAUAUUCCGGCCAUGCAUGAGCUUCCAGUCAGUCCGUCACAUCGUGAGGUAGUCAUCAAUGCCUUCGUCUUUGUCCACCUGUCUCUACAUCAGGCUAAUGCUCGUGUUCUGAAGAGAGGAGGGAGAAUUACUGCUGUCACCCCACGACACUAUCUGGACUUCAUCAACCAUUUUGCCAAGCUGUACAAUGAGAAGCGUUCUGACUUGGAGGAACAACAGCUUCACCUGAACAUAGGUCUCCAGAAAAUCAAGGAGACGGUAGAACAGGUGGAGGAGUUACAGAAAUCACUGUCUGUCAAACGACUGGAACUGGAGGAGAAGAACGCCGCGGCCAACGCCAAACUCAAACAGAUGGUAAAAGAUCAACAAGAAGCAGAAGCCAAGAAGGUGAUGUCCCAGGAGAUUCAGACCGCUCUAAUGGCACAGACCAAGGUCAUUGAUGAGAAGAAGCUGGACGUCAAGGCUGACCUGGCCCAGGUAGAGCCCGCUGUCAUAGAGGCCCAGCAAG